AUGGACGUCAAGUCCAACGGCGCACCUUCCGUCGCAGACUCGACCGUCUCCAGCCGACUACCCAUUACUGUGAACAAGCCCACGCCCUUCACCUUUGACCUGGGAAACCUGCUCGCAAACGACCCCAACCCCCUCCUCUCGACCUGCGAAAUCAAGUCAAACUCAGAGGGCGUCCACCUCGUCCUCCCUGCGCCGACAACACCCCUCCCCCGCGAGAAGCCUAUUCCCGAAGCCAAGGAGCCCACCAAGUGGGAUAAGUUUGCUGCGAAGAAGGGCAUCAAGAACAAGAAGCGCGACACUAAGCUGGCCUACGACGAGGCUACGGGCGACUGGGUACCCAAGUGGGGUUACAAGGGCAAGAACAAGGCGGGCGAGAACGACUGGCUGGUCGAGGUUGACGAGAAGAAGGAAGCCAAGACCGAGCGGAAGGAGAGGAUGCGGCGCAACGAGAGGAAGGAACGGGCGAACAGCGUCAAGUCUCGAAAGGUUGGUGGCGUGAGCUGGAGCACUUGACCUUUAUCUGAGAGAGGUCAAUUUAUAAAACGACAUGCAUUGGGCGGCGUUAAUCUUACGGCAUGUAUUCGACUUGUGGGCGCAGGGCUAAAAGCUUGCGAACUUGCACUUUAUUGAUUCUUUCCGAGGCUGCAACAUUGUCUCCCAGAUACCAUGAGUAACCACGCCGUCGAAUAUACUAUUUCUGCACUUUAUCCAGCCACGGAUCUACCAACCAAGUGCGUUUGAGUCGGAACUUUGAAAGCUUACUUCAACAAGCUAGCGUUCAGAAGUUCUGAU